AUGCGUACUCCUAGAAUAGCCAUUCUCGUUCUCUUCUUCGCCGCUUCGCUCUUCCUCUUCUGCCGGUCCAUUUCCUCACUGGCUCGUUCUUCCUCCGCUUCCUCCUCCUCUCCCGUCAUCGCCGCCCCAGUCGCCGUACCGCGAUCACGAUUCACCAGUUUCUUCUCCUUCACAGCGCCCUUUUCCAUUUUCCAGCCGAAUGCCGCCAUCAGUCUGACCGAUGACAACAGCACUUCCUUUGUCGCUCGCCCUGCUGCAUUUGGCCCCAACCUGCCCAAUAAAGGCUUGAGCGGUCAGCUAUGGAUCGGCAGUGGUUUCGCCGACGAUAAUCUCCAGGAGGGCGAGGACGAGGGUGAGUUGGGAUGCAGUGACAUCCCCGGUUGGGACGAUGGCAAGGCCAACGCCGUCCUCAAGACUGCCACCAAGGGCAUGUCCAAGUCCUCCAACAAGGCUGCUGCUGCUGCCGGCAAGCCUGGUCACCACAAGCGCGACAAGACCGACAAGGACGCCGUGCCCGACGCCGUGGGUGUCCCCGUCACCCGCCUCAGGUCCAAGAUUCGCCCAGCCGACGACGGCACCGACGACUACCUCCACCAAGGCCUCGCCCGGAAGCCCCAGCCCAACCACGAUAGCGCCCUGUCCACCGAGUCGACCCAUGCCGAUAUCCAAUCGAUACAAGAGGCUGCGGAGAUCGCCGGGAAGAUCGUGCUGCUCAGUCGCGGUGGCUGCGGUUUCUUGGAAAAGGUCAAGUGGGCGCAGCGACGUGGUGCCAUGGCCCUCAUUGUGGGCGAUAACACAAAGGGGGGUCCCUUGAUCCAGAUGUUUGCGAGGGGCGAUACCUCCAACGUAUCCAUUCCCUCCGUCUUCACCACCCGGACCACGGCGCACUUGCUGUCGUCGCUGACGCAACCGGGCAGCUUCAUCGAAGACACUCUCGACGAGCACGGCCGCCCGGCCCUCAAGGUGCUGCAAUCCGACGCAGGGAGCCGGAAGAACAGGAAGAACAAACCGAAGGUUGCGGCGACGACGCCGAUGCCGACCCCCAAGGCCACGGCAACGCCCAAGGCCAAGGCUGCCGCAAAGGGAAAGCCGGCCAAGGCCGAGCACAAGGCAGCCAAGCCCCGCACCAGCCUGUUCCGAUGGCUUUUUAGCUGGGGCCGCAGUUCACGAUCCGGCGACAGCAUCCAGCCCCCGAGCAGCGGUCGCCAUAACUGGGUGCUCGUUGACGACUGGAGCGAGGAGAAGGACAGGGUCAUCCGAGACGGUCUCGGCAAGGCCGCCAAGAGGGGCAAAGGCAAGGUUCCCGACGCUCGCAAGAGCGAAGACACGUUCCAAAUCGGUGUCCAGGACUGGCGGGAUCCCGACUUGGUGGAUGCCCCCAGCUCCAAAGACAAGACCGAGGGCGCAGCCAAGGAGCAGCAGGUCGGCAAGCCCGGCAGCACCGCAAAAAGUGGCAAGGACGUCACCGGCCCCAAGGGCGGAAGCAUCACUCCCGGAAGCGGCGAGUACAACCCCGAUUUGCCGCCCGUUGAGACCGAGGGAUCCACCUCCGGAAAGGAGACCACAGCCCACGGAGGUAUCAUGUCCAAGAUUUUUGGAGAAGACGAUGGCGCCGACUUCUCCAAGGAGGACAAGCCUAAGGAUCCCCCACGCCCCGAGGAGCCCAUUCCCGACGAUGGCGAUAACGACAACGGCAACGAGCCUAUUGGCCACGAUGGUCUCUGGGUUACGAUUACGCCUUCAAGCAGCUCCAGCCCCUUCUUCGAUACUCUGCUGGUGCUUGUCAUCAGCCCUCUGAUCACUCUGAGCGUCGUCUAUGCCUUGCUGAUCCUCCGCGCGCGCAUUCGUAGAAGACGCUGGAGGGCACCCAAGUCGGUCGUCGAGCGUUUGCCUGUUCGCACAUAUCACACCGUCGCGGCGUCACCUGUUCCCUCGCCAAGAAUCCCGUCACCGACGAGCCCAACACCCACUACGCCUUUGCUACAGCAGACGCCCUCCCGACCACGGCCUCGUUCUAGAACGACGACGGGCAUCCCUGAGUCGGAGAGUUUGCUGUCUGUCAACUCGGCACUGCAAAUGCCCAGGUCGCCACUGCGGACAGAGCACGAGAAGGCAAAUGGCAGCUACUCGAGUGAGUGGAAGAAGUACAUGGGCAGACAGGUCGAAUGCGUGGUUUGUUUGGAGGAGUACGUUGAAGGCGUCAGCCGCGUCAUGAGCUUGCCCUGUGGCCACGAAUUCCACGCAGAGUGCAUCACGCCUUGGCUGACGACGCGCCGCCGCACAUGCCCCAUCUGCAAGGGUGACGUUGUCCGCUCUCUUGCACGCGGCUCUCCCUCUAGCCCCCGCUAUGAACCGUAUCACGACGACUCUGACGACGAGGUGGAAGCUGAGGCGUCCGGUUCGCGAGACAGAGACGAGGACGUGGAGCAGGGUGGAAUCCUCUCGCCCGCGCCCAGGGGACGCCAGACCCGGCCCGACGGAUGGUUGGGGAUGUUAUCUGGUAGCUUUGGAGCGUCGUCCCGCGCCAGUCGAUCGUCGCAGGAUGAUCGUAACCGGUGA